GAGAAUCAGACCUGGCACACACGAGGGGAGAAUAUAGAAAUGGAGUAGCUGGAAAAGGGGAUCGAUCGGUUGGCCGAUAACUGCACGGCAAUGGAGGACAGGAUCAGACUGGGCCUCAUCGUGGUCUGAGCGCUCAAAAAUGGCGUCAGGAUUGCCGAAUGUCCAUCAAAAGAAGCUUGGACCAGCGCCGAUAGCAUCCUUCGAAGACUUAUCCGAAGAAGUGGAAAACGCAGAAUCGGCGGCGGCGGCGGCAGCGGCGGCGGCGGCAGCGGCGGCGGCAGGGCGAAUGCCGGGUAUCAUCGAGGUCACCACGCCGGCAACGCCUGGUAGUUCGCUCAAGACGCCUAGUACGCCACGAAUUGAUAUCAGCAGGGCGAGCAGUUCUUCGCACCAUGAGGAUAGUAAUUCCAGGGACUCGUCGCCCGAACGGGAGCUUCUCGCAGGUGCGGAACCUCCGUCCGGUUGCAAGCUGACCCUGGGCUAUAAGGAGGACGCUCAAGACCUCAGGUCCUCCACGGAGGAACUGGAUCUGCAAGAUCCCGUCCACGAGCAGGAUCUCAAACGGGAGUCGAAAAGACGAAAGCGGAAGGAGGCUGACGGGUCCCAAUCAGAUUACAGCGGCAAGCAGCUGGGUCAGGACCGCGAACGCAAGGACAGUAACUGCUCGGAGAUUUGCUUGCUCAACAUCAGCGGUAGAACGUCUAGACUGUCGUCGGUUGGUAGUCAAGGCUCCGGCGUCUCCGGAAAGCUCUCGGUCAUGUCAGCGACUUCUUCCAGAUCUCCCAGUCCUCACAAGUGUCUACUGGAGACGUCCUUCUGCGGAAGCAAGCCGACGUUGGCUGAUAAUCUGAUAGAGCCGUCGAAACCGGAGACCGAUGAUCUUGAGAAGAUACUCUUGAAGCGGGAGGCCGAUACCACAAAGGCGUUGAUUCCCGAGAGUAUUAAGGUGCCUAUGGUAGGUGGCAAUCUGAAGCCGGAUCCGUUGGACAAACCCAGAAGACGUGGUCGUGAGGAGCGGAAGGAAAUCUUCAAACGGGAAGUCGAAAUCACCAAAAGAUUUCUGGAGAAAGUUAAUAUAGAGGUACCGAUCAUCAAAAAAUCAGAACAGCAAGGAUCGGCACAGCAACAAUACAAGCAGCAGCAGCAAUACCAAUCGACAAAGACUCAAAUCCAGGAAGUUCAAAAACCUGUGACACUCGACUUUAACGACAGAAGGAAGAAAGCUCAAAACUUUAAAGAGAUUGUGCAGACGACGCCUACGACGAGUAGCCUUACGGGAAGUCCGAAAUUACCAAGACACCAAAAAGUUCGCGAACUUGAAGGCUCGAGAACGCCCAGUCCGUCAUCCGUGUCCAGAAAAAGUAGCUUUGCUUCGCUGUUCAAGGCCAGAACCGACGGCAGCGUACUGAGCCCGGAAUCACCGUCACCCAGCACAAAACCACGGCGAAGUCUGACGUCAAAAUUGAAGGACACUACGGAGAGCCUGAGGAGCCGUUCAAAGUCACGCGAGAGAGUCUCCAUCGAUAAAAGUUCAAUCAUGAAGAAGGACUCGAAGAAUAAGGGGGUGUUUUCGUCUACGCUGAGCUUGUUCAAGAAACGCGAGAGGAAGAAGAGCUACGACGAGGCAAUCGCGGCCUCGUGUGACUUGGAAGUUGCCAGUGGGGAUGAACACCCGUCUCUGGAGAGCAUCGGUCACGUGGAGUUUACGUUCAACACAGAGAAAGAAAGGAAUCGCCAGGAUGAUUCGAUCUUCAUUAGUCUCCAUGCCGAUGACAGAAAUUAUGAGGAGGCCUUGCCAUCGGAGAGCGUCUCGAUACCGUUGGAAACACCGACCAAACUACUGGACGAAUACGAGUCCGAAGAGCCGCACAUGGGCAGCAUUAUCACAGAGGUGUCGAUCGAACACCACCCGACGCCGCCGUCGUCGUCGAUGGCCAGAAUUAGGACUGAGGCUCAGAUUGAAACGAUCACGGCGACGCAGACCGUGUCCAGAAGCUUGUCCAGAGAUAGCCAGCCACCGCAGAGUGCAACAAAAGACUCGCAUAUGUUGAAAAGUUCCAAGUUGAGAGACUCCAAGGUUACCACGCAGGCUAAUAAAAUAAUUGAGACACCGACACUAGCCAAGUCGUCAUCAACGACAUCGACGAUUAAACCAGAUAUUCAAGUAGAGAUUAAAUCGACAGACUUGCGAACGUCUGGUGGUUCGUCGAGAGAAUCUACUGGCAAAAGGCCGGAUAUAACGAAGCCAAAAAGAAAAAGUAAAGAGAAUCAGCAGCAGCAGCAGCAGCAGCAGCAGCAGCAGCAGCAGCAGCAGCAGCAGCAACAGCCAGAACCACCCGAAAGGAUAAACGACGACGUAGCGACGCAGCAAAAAAGAACAAGUCCAGGAGAGCUUUCUCGAGCCACUCAAGAAACUAAAAGACUCGAUGACAAGAUUGGCAAGUCGGCGGAAAAGGAAGGCCUGGUAAAAACACCUAGUGUGAUAUCUGAUCUUGAUCACAAUAGCUCCGAAUCCGAGAAAGAUUCACAAUCAGAGAUCGAGUUUAUUCGUAAUAAGGUCGAGAAGCUGGCUGAAGAGCUGCCGGACGAACGAAAGGGUCUCUUUUAUGAGGAAAGCUUCGAGGAGGAUCUUCCAUAUGUACCGACAACUCUGCCAUUGGAGAAGAGCGUUGCUAUACCUAUUCUGCCGGUUAAACAACGACUUCAGGAAGUAAGGACAAUCCCAAUCGAGAGACCACGUUCUACGACGCCGAUAAAUCCAACUUUGUUGGACGAGUUUGUGAUGCAGACAUCGCUAGACGAGCGGCGCGUGGAACGAAUGAAGAUAUCUCUGCCGCGAGAGGAUAGCUUCAAGCUAAAGAGUCCACGUCGUCAAUACGCCAGUACAGCGAAUACGUUUACUGAAUUUGCGGGCAAGGUGCCGCCGGAUGGCGGCCGCAAAGGCGCUACUAAUCAAGGAAAAUCACCUAGUCCACCUCCACUGCCACCGAGAGCAUCAGCGUCAGCAUCAUCGGCAUCGACAUCGGCAGCGGCAACAUCAUCAUCAUCAUCAUCAUCAUCAUCAUCAGCAGCAGCAGCAGCAGCAGCAGCAGCAGCAGCAGCAGCAGCAGCAGCAGCAGCAGCAGCAGCAGCAGCAGCAGCAGGAGCAGCAUCAACGCGGCCAAGCAACUGGAUCAACUUUGAAGAAAUACCGGAGAAGCGAAAGGCACCGAAACGGAUACAGACGAUACCGCGGCCAGAGGACGAGAGCGCAAAAACUAUCAGCGGUGGUUACAGCUACGUGCAACCAGAAGAGUGUAAGUGCGAGUGUCACGAGGAAUCUAGGCGAGCGUCUAUGCGGGAGGCAGCGGCGGCAGCGGCGGUGGCAGCGGCUGUCGCCGCUACUGCCACCGGUACCGGUACCAGUACCAGAACCUCCUCUUGUAGCAGCAAUGGCGAGCGACCGUGCAAUGGUGAAAAUUGCACGGCGCCGACCACUGGCGGUAGCUCGGUCGACCGUGCCAGUAUCGUCAGUGACAGCUCGCUGGAGUGCUCGCUGAGCAUCGACGACGGCCAGAGCACGCAGGUGCUUCUCGGCAACUCGACGAAACCCUUCGCAAUGGAUCUCGACGUGCGUUCCAACAGGUCGAGCAUCGUAUCGCAGGAGGAAAACGACGAGAAUCAGCACCAAUAAUAAUAAUUGUAAUAAUAGCGCACCUCGUAUAGCGCACCCACGCCUUAGGAUCUUUGGAUUUUCCUCUUCUUCGUAUCGAAAGAUGAGUCCGAGUUCCUCCGAUACACGAAUCAAACGGGCGAUUUGAUUCCGAAUAAGACGUGCGCCACCCUUCUUUUUCGUCGCUCUCGUUUUCCUUUCCCUACGACAGAGAAUAGAGUCGGAAUUCAUUGUCUCAGUAUAGGUUGUAGUGAAAACUUUCGAUCGAAAGCACUUACUUCCACUCGCGUCUUGGAAAAGUCGGACUAUUGUCGCGUAAUCGUACCGCGUCGGAUUAUACACUUUCGCACGACGGUAUUGUUUCUUUCCUUUGGCGUUGCAACUUGCUAAUUGAAAAGCUUCUUUCUUUAUAUUCUCCUCUCGAAUCCAUAUGUAAGAUAAGGAAAUGGAGAAGUAAUGCGUGUAACGCUCUUCACCGUAAUCACUUUUUCUUUCCAAGUAUAACAUUAACAUCUUUUACGAGAGAAACCGCGGUUGGGCGAAAUCCUUUCAUUUUACGAGUUUAAGAGUUUAUCGUACGCAUGCAUAUGCACGUUGAUACAAUUUAUUAGAGGUAGAUUUCGAGGCACCUCGAGGAUGGUGGCUCGCUAACGUUUCUACUAAUCUCUACAAAUUAGUCAGUAGUUUUUCUCCGACGAGAGAGAAUCGCACCGCUACGAAAUAUCGGCGGUGAACAACGCUCGGGUAUCGCUCGUAUCUCGUUCUCCUUCUCAAAACAAAGAGAGUAUAUAAACGUUUUAUAUUAUUUCAUCGGUUAUUGUACAUACAGCGACGAUAUGUAACGUCUGAGGCGAGAUCUCGCGGUGUUCGAGCUUUCGAAGCUUCAUAUCAUGUAGAUAAGCGUAGAUUUAUAGAUACGUAUAUUUCCGUGGGCACGUUGAUCUUACCGAGGUUAAGAAGUUUAUUCAAUGUUGAGCCGGGAUUGUACCGGCACGAUCAUUUACUGAUCGAUUGUUUUUCAAACUUGUACGAUAGCAUCUAAUACGUAAACGAGUCUACGAUGACUGAAACGACAAGCAGAUCUCGCGAACCAUCGCCAAUGUUGUACGCACGUUAUAGUUUCUGGCGAUUUACGCCGCAUUAUUGUCCGAAAGCUCGCGCAUUGUCGGAAUGCUAAAUGCGUGAUCGAAACCGUUUUAACGCGUUAUUAUCGCGUGUAUCAAGUUUUUCAACCAUCACACGUCAUCUUGUAGAAUUGCCGGCGACUUUUCUACUCGCCACCAUCUUUUUGCAUCUUCAUUUACGAAUCUGGCUUGGCGAGCCAUCAUUCGCGUAAAUAUGCUACUUUCAAAGGGAAUGAUCUUUGUCAUUUUCCCCUCGGUCGGGAUUUUCAGGGAGCUGAGACGAGCUGCACUCAUUAAUCGUGCGUGUUCCAUAAGUCGAGCUCUCGUACGAGAUAGAGAGAAAGACAAUUCUAUAUUAUCUACCUCCGUAAAAAAUUAAAAAAUGAAAAAAGAAAAACAGAAAAUGUACCAAAGACAGUCGAGUGUCUGUGGAGAGUUGUUUCAUCCACGCUCUGAAAAUCAGAGUUCGCGACAACGCGACCAGUUCGGUUUGACCCCUCUUCUCGCGACAAGUUUCAUUUCUUUGGAGAAGAAAGGAAAGGACAUGUGGCAUACGUGGUACAUAUAUAAAAGGUUUGUAAAGUAAAUAUAUGUAUAGAAUAAUUCAGGGUAAUUGCGAUAUUGAGAUAAAAGUAAUCUUUUUUUCUCUCAAUGGACCAAUCGGCCAAUUCCAAGAUUCAUGAUAAAGUGGAAAUUACAAGCGUCAACAUUUUAAUAGUAUCAAUCUUCGUCUCCGGAUUAGGACUGUCUCGUUAGUACAUGUACGGAUGAUACAAAUGUAAAAAACACAAUUUGUUUUCUCCUCCAACAAUUUGUCUAUAGAUUGUAACAUUUCAGGCAAAGUCAGUCUAAUAAUAUAAUCGUGCAUUUUCAAAAUAUAUUCUUCAGAGUGUUGAAAGGACGAUGAGUUUGUUCUUCUUUAUAACGGUUGAAGAACAGGAAGAACAGGAAGGGCGUAGAGGCGCCUUAAUUUCGACUUUCGAUAACUUUUGAAGAAUGUAAUCUUCAUGUUUUUAAAUUCAGAGUUUGGUUUGUCAAGUUCUUUUUUUUUCUUUAUAAAUUAGUAGAGAGAGCGAGAGAGAGAGAGAGAGAGGGAGAGAGAGAAUAAUAAUAGUUUCCCACUUAGCUAGAUCUAUGUUCUACAAAGAGCAUGUAUCAUAAAAGGUUACCGUUACAUCGAAUUCCAUUUUGUACAUUCGAUCGUUGCAAUUACUCAAUCUAUAAUAUUAUUUAUGAGAGAAAAAUUCUUUUAGAUAUUAAAUAUAUAUAUUGCAUACAAUGUUUAUACAUAAUUUAAAGAUUACUGGAAAAAGGAGGAAAAAUAGUGGUUCGGCAAUAGACGUACGUGUGUAUCGUGGCUGGAUGGUUUAUUCAUCAUCAGAAUGAAACUAUCUAAAUUGAAUUAAUUGAUGAAAGUGGUUUUGUAUACGUAUAAUUAUGUCGACGACUGACUGCCAAUCUAAUCGAAGAACGUUGUAUUUCGAAAUAUACUUGGCACCGAAAGUCUCUUAAUUCAUUUGCAUGCGUAGUGAGAAAGUGAGCUUACAAGGGGUCAAACCAAAAUUCACGUAUGCAUUUGUACUAGUAAAGUGGCAAUUUCGUUUGUUCCGCACGUGAUCGUAUUGUUUGUUCUUUUCUUACAAUUAGUCUAUUUUACGAAUGAAAUAUACGAUUGAAUACUCUAUUGACAAUGAGUUCAACGAUUCGCAAUGUUAUCUUUCGUGUUGUAAAAAAAGAAAAAGGAACUAGCUCUGUGUUCAACAGAUGAAAGGAUUCAUUAUUAAACAACAGAAACAAUUUGUAGCUGUUGCUUGUCUGUCGCGCCGCGCCGAGCGACUCGAUGAAAGAUGUCUUGCGAUUAGCAUUUGUCGACUGCGAUAACAAUAGUUGACCCUCUUUUGAAAUUAUUUUGUAAUUACUUUACCUGAAAAUUUCACUAGGUUGUUACAGAUAUGAAAAAGCAGAUAUCGCAUGGCUCGACGUGGCAGAUAUUAAUCGUGCAUAAUGGAAUUGAAUCAAAUUUCCAUUCUACUUCCAUUUCGUUCUUAAUGCUCCUACUUUCCCUCCGUCCUUUACGCUCCUCUUCACCUCCACUCGGACAUACGGUAGUUAAGUCGAGAAAUGAAUAAAUUAAUAGAUCUGUAAGUGAUUAAAUACUCGGCGAAUCGAUCGGACUCUACCCGUUUCUUUUCCCUUUUCUUCUUCUUUCUUUUCGGCGAAGGAAAAGGGACGAGUAAAUCUCCAUGCAGUAGGUUAUAUAAUCUCGCGAAGACAGUUUGGCCGAUGUAGCCAGAUGUUUUGUGCAACAUGAUUUCUCUCUUUUUUUUUCUACAUUUUCAUGUUUAGCUAAACGAAUUUUCAGAGUACAUGUGUGUAUGUAUAUCUGUACGCGAGUGUGUGCGUGCAUGUGCGUGCGCGCGUGCGUAUGCCGGGUAUAUGUGCAUAUAUGCGCGUCUACAUAAACACACACACAUUAUUUACACACAACUGGAGAUCGUAACUUGUGUAAAUUUCACAAGUUUAAUUUUCAUGCUGGAAAUAUAAGGCAAUUGGGCAAUAUUUUUCCAAUAGAUACAAGAAUAACAGUAAUUAUAAUAAACUUGUCGAAACACGAUGAUAAUUUGUUCACUUAUUAAAAUUGUAAAAUUGUUAACAGUUGCAUUAUUGCUUUUAUUUUUAAGAAAUAUUUUUGCAACAGUACAUUUACUUGCAAUUUUUCUCGUUAAAGUUUCUUUAUUGCCAUCAAUAAAACUAUGUAAAUUAUUUUUCGUAUCGAAGGCAUUGUAAUCUGAGCUGGAAAUUGUAUCAGCUUCUUGCAGAGCAAGCACAGAGAUCAACAUCGGUUAAAACGAAUAUACAUAUAACAAUUUUACGAUUAAAGGCAAAGAUUGCGUUUCACGAUAUACAAGUUGACGUAUUCUCGCAAUAGCAUGAUAUGUGUUGCAUCAUAUUAUAUACAAUUAAAAAUGCAAAAUUAAAUUAGAAUCGGAUUCUAAUGUUCCAAGAAUAUAACUAAAAAUGUAUACACAUACUUCUUUAAAAGCAAUUUAUUUUCAUUAAUUGUGAAAGUGAAAAAAUUUCUUUCGUUAUUACAUUUACUUCAUGUUUUCAGUUCUUUAUUUAUCAAUCAUAUUUAUUUCUCUCAAUAUACUUUUUAUUGAUACUGAAAGGUUACGCGCGCAAACACACACUACACGCAUGCACCCACGGUAUAAAUUUUUUAUUUGCAACAUUUCUGUCUUUGACUAACGAUAAGAAAUACUAUGAGUGUUGCGCCGACUAGAAAUGUGCUCGAUUUUUACAAAGACACACCUUCGGUUCGGCCAAAAUUGCGUUCUUCUUUUUAUAUUUAGAAAAAGACAAUUUGCAAAAUUGUUUUCGCAAGAUUUUGUAAAAUACAAAUUUUGCAGACAAUUUGUUGAAGAAAAGAAAUAAACAAGAAGAAGUGAACAUUCUUGUCCGUUUUUUAUGAAAAUGGCGCAUUAAAAAAAUCGAAUUUCUUUUUAAAUAGAGAGAGAGAGAGAUUCUCCAUUGCGCAUUUAUUCUAGCAAUACAUGACUGUUCGUUAUUAUUUUUCAUGCAAUGUAAAAGAGUGUGAAAAAAUGGAAUAAAAAUGGAUAUUUAAAUGUUUCUAAUGUUAUGUAAAUAGGAUUAUAGGAAUAUGCGCGCACGCGCGUGAAAAUACAUUUUCAAUACUAGUAACAUGUUUGAACGAUGAUGACUACGAUAAUGAUACGUUUGACGAUCUCAUGUUCAGAAAAGAAAAAAUAAAUUAAAAUAAACUGUU